AGAAAUUAAUUAUUCCAUCGUCCUAUGCAAAAGCAUCCAAUGGGAAUUCGAGUGCUUCCCACUCGGUGGCCGCUCGCUCCUACGCUGGUGGCCAGGGCACGAAUACGGAGUGCUCCUUUGGCACCGAGUGCACGCCGCUGCACGACUGCACGGCAAUGAUCUAUGAGGUGGCGAAGAACUGUUAUUACGGCGACAAGUCGCUUUUUUGCGGCGGUGGCGAGGAGAUGCCCUACGUGUGCUGCCCGAGCAGUCCACUGGAGAAGAAUCAGGUGUGCGGCAAGUCGCUUGUGCAGGGACAUUUCUACAAGGGACUCGGCUCGUAUCCCUUUGUGGCUCGCGUGGGCUUUAAGCACAUAAGCACGGGCGCCUUUGCCUAUCCGUGUGCAGGAUCGAUCAUUGCCCGGCGUGUCAUCCUGACCGCCGCCCAUUGUGCGUUGGCCAAGGCCGAUGGCCACCGGCUCUCAUCGGUGCGCGUUGGCGAGUAUGACACCUCCAGUGAUCCGGACUGCGCCAGCACUGGCUUCUGCGCACCACGGUCUGUGAAUCAUGCGAUCAGCCAUGUGAUUGUGCAUCCAGACUAUAAGCAAGGCCAAUAUCAUCAUGACAUUGCGCUGCUGGUGCUCAAAACACCGCUCAAUUACUCGGUGGCCACCCAGCCGAUCUGUUUGCAGAAGACACGCGCCAAUUUGGUGGUGGGCAAGCGGGCGACCAUUGCCGGCUGGGGCAAGAUGUCCACGUCGAGCAUACGCCAGCCGGAGAUGUCGCAUCUGGACGUACCGCUGACCAGCUGGGAUCUGUGCCUGCGCAACUAUGGAUCAACGGGCGCACUCGAAUCGCCCAAUUCAAUUGAGGGCCAAUGGAUGUGCGCCGGCGGCGAGGGCAAGGAUGUCUGUCAAGGCUUUGGCGGUGCGCCAUUGUUCAUCCAAGAGAACGGCAUCUUCUCACAGAUCGGCAUCAUGUCCUUUGGCUCAGACAACUGCGGCGGACUUCGCAUACCCAGCGUAUACACGAGCUUGGUCUACUUCCAGGAGUGGAUACACGACAACACGCCACCGGAAUAAGCCAGCAUCCGUGUCCAUCAGACAUUUCCCUAACCUAAGCGUAAAACUUAAAUGUACAUCAAUAUAUGGUAUUUAUAUAUGUAUGUAGAAUUGGUAUAUGUUUUAUUUGGCAAAGUAACCUAAACUAUUAUUUUUCUGAUAUUCAAA